AUGGGUUAUGAGAAAACUGAGGAUGCCUCAGAAAAAACUUCACUGGCUGAUCAAGAGGACAUGAGAAGUAUAUUUAUUAACAGACCUCAACUAAUAAAAUUUUGUAGCAAUCAUGUCAGCACUGCAAAAUACAAUCCACUUACAUUCUUACCAAGAUUCCUAUAUUCUCAGUUCAGGAGAGCAGCCAACUCAUUUUUCCUUUUCAUAGCCCUUCUCCAGCAAAUCCCUGAUGUUUCUCCUACUGGCCGUUACACAACGUUGGUCCCGCUAUUGUUUAUUCUUCUUGUGGCUGCCAUUAAAGAAAUCAUAGAGGAUAUUCUGUUAGAGAACCGGGGGAAUCCGUAUCGGGAUUUUAGACGAGGUAAAGAUAUCUCGUCUCAAGCACAGCUUCUGCAAAGAGUUCCGGUCCUCAAGGAAUCCUGCUCCGGGAACUGUGAUGACGCCAGUUACCCAGGAGACCCCGGCUCUGCUGCUGCCGCUGCCUCACCAACACCACCAGCAGUCCCUGCUCCAGGCACCACCACCACCAAGAAUCCAGGCUCCGGGACUUCCGCCGUUGGGAGUCCAGGCUCCGGGCACAUUAAUGCCACCACAUUAAGGCCACCGACGCUCCAAUGA